CACACAGCCCGUGUGGAAUGGUGACUCUGCCGCCGGGACACGGAGCGAAUCCCUGAAAAACCUCGAGGCUGGCAGAGCGAGACCCUCGUUCUCUCCGCCCCAUCAGCCGUGCCCUCUCCUCCUCACGCACAGUCUGCCCGCCGCUCGUCCGUAAGGGGGUUUCCCUCGUUUCGCUUUGAUAGGGAGGAGUGUGCAGCGAGACACCAUGGAAGUUUACUUGUUUGUUCUGUUCUGCGGGCUAAUUCAAGUAGCUGUUGCUGGGAAUUCGACUGACAUGGAGAAAGAUGAGUUUUAUUAUGAUUACGAGACUCUGCGGAUUGGAGGCCUGGUCUUCGCUGUCAUACUCUUUACUCUUGGCAUCCUGCUGAUCUUGAGUCGAAAAUGUCGUUGCAGCUUCAACCAGAAGCCCAGAUCACCUAAUGAUGAAGAGGCCCAAGUGGAAACUCUGAUCACCAACAAAGCAUUACCCAGCCCAUUAAUGUUUAAUUUAUUGUUGUCUUACGCCGGCCCGGUUAUAGUCAGAGCACCCACUGCCACAGUUACUUGCUGGCUUUCUCCCUCGCUCACACACCACUCCAGAACCAUGACUCACGCUGAUUUAUCCGAAGCUCGCUUUACAUAUGAUUAUGAAACGGUUCGGAAUGGGGGCCUGAUCUUUGCUGUGGCUGCAUUUCUUGUGGGGAUAGCCAUCAUCCUGAGCAGAAAAUUUCGUUGUGGAGGCAAAGCUCACCAGAGGCCCCAGAAGGAAGAUGAAAUCUAGAAGUUGAUACGUUCAUUGUGCAAGACAAUUGAUCCUUAACGCACUUGCAAAACAUCUGUAGUAAAUGUUAUUGUAAGGAUGGUUUGUGAUGGUCAAAUUGUACAGAAAACCCUUAUCUGCACCCAUCCUAUGGUUAGUAGAUGUGAGAACCAGCCAGUACUUUCCUGUAUCAAGGUGUUAAAAAAUCUUCCAUUAAUAUGUGGGAAGGGCAAUAAAUGAUAACCUAAAAUUAA